GAUAUGUAUAUAUAAGAAAAAGCUGUAAUCAGCAAAAGGUGAUAACCACUAGUGACGGAGAAACUGCGGAGUUGAUCCUGUCAGACUCAGAGAGUGCAAGUUCGACGCUUGAAGUGUACGGACGUAUUCAGUCGGCUCAAGUAGUGCAACUUAGUGUUUGAAGUGCUACUCCCGUGUGUUGUUUAAUGAUAUUCACCGCCUGUUAACUGCCAAACUUGACACUGACAGCACUCUUCCCCCCCAUCUACGCAACUCAAUAAUUUGAACGUACAACUAGUGUAAGAGCUCACAACCAAGGUUCAGAAUGCCAGAAACAAUUCUAACAAAUGGUUAUACCAACGGACACAACAGCUACGAAAUGGAAGACGGCUCAGAGUUUCUGUUUACCUCGGAGUCUGUUGGCGAGGGACAUCCAGAUAAAAUGUGUGACCAAAUCAGUGAUGCAAUCUUAGAUGCUCAUUUGGAACAAGACCCAGAUGCAAAAGUUGCUUGUGAAACUGUAACCAAAACUGGAAUGGUUUUGCUCUGUGGAGAAAUCACAUCAAAGGCAGUAAUAGACUACCAGAAAGUUGUCAGAGACACAGUUAAGCACAUAGGGUAUGAUGACUCUUCAAAAGGUUUCGACUAUAAGACAUGUAGCGUCAUGCUCGCGUUGGACCAACAGUCACCUAACAUUGCUGCUGGGGUGCACGAGAACAAAAAUGAGGAUGAUAUUGGGGCUGGUGAUCAGACUAAGUACAUUCUUAUGAUACAGGGUUUGAUGUUUGGAUAUGCAACAGAUGAAACUGAAGAAUGUAUGCCGCUAACAGUGGUACUUGCCCACAAACUGAAUCAAAGAAUCUCAGAGCUCAGGCGAUCAGGAGAAUUCUGGUGGGCUAGACCAGACUCAAAGACACAGGUGACUUGCGAAUACCGCUUCGACCAUGGAGCUUGCAUUCCUCAACGAGUUCAUACUGUCGUAGUGUCGUUGCAGCACAGUGAGAAGAUCUCCCUGGAAGAACUGCGUGAUGCCAUCAGAACCAAAGUCAUCAAGGAGGUGAUCCCUGCCAGGUAUUUGGACGAGCAGACGGUCAUACACGUCAAUCCAUGCGGACUGUUCAUCAUUGGUGGACCUCAGAGCGACGCCGGUCUGACCGGCCGCAAGAUAAUCGUGGACACAUACGGCGGUUGGGGUGCCCACGGAGGAGGCGCCUUCUCCGGCAAGGACUUCACAAAAGUGGACAGAUCUGCGGCGUACGCAGCGCGCUGGGUCGCCAAGUCGUUGGUAAUGGCCGGCCUGUGCAGGCGCUGUUUGGUGCAAGUGUCGUACGCCAUCGGUCUCUCGGAGCCGCUCUCCAUCACAGUAUUCGACUACGGCACGUCCAAGCUGACGCAAGGGGAACUGUUGAAUGUCGUCAAAAAGAAUUUCGAUCUUCGGCCGGGAAAAAUUGUCAAGUAAGUAGAGGAUUUGUAUCCAGACGAGUAUCGAUAAACCGCUUCUUUUGAAGAUGCAAGACGAAGACUAGACUAGGGCUGCCAUGCGUCCGGGAUUCCCCGAAUGUGUCCUAGUUUAGAGGGCGUGCGGGAGAGGUUUUUAAAAAGCGUCCUCCGAUUUCAUAUAUGUUUUGCCAAAAAGAAAAGUGUUCCUAAUUAUUUCAGUUACCAGACUACCUCGAAAAGAAAAUAUAAUUUUAUCGGUAAUAACUUACCCCUACACUGGCUAGAUCCGGUAGUAGAGGAACGGAUUAAGUAAGUAGUAACAACUUGAGUAUUUGUUGUGCUGCAAGUCAAUUUUGUCAAGAACUGUUUUUCGUAGUGUUUAUCUGGGGUGUCCAGGGGAAAAUCUCGAUUUCAGCCAAAUAUCCGCGGUUUUUGAAGUUUCGUUCGGCGUCGGCAGUUUAGGUUAUGGCAGCCGUACACUAGACAAAAGAAGUUUCAUAAUCACGAAAAUUGAUGGCAUGUGACAUGAACAUAACGACAAGCCAUUUCAUUAAUUUGUUUCUGUCUCAAUAACUCGGAAAAUGUCUUCACAGGUUUGAUAAAUUGCUUUAAAAUUAUCUGUUUGACAUUGACAGAAAUGAUGUAUACAUUCUACAAAUAGAUCAUUAUCACAUAACUAGGAUGUCGGUGAAAUAUAACCUCAUAUUCCUGGUGAUUUGGUGAUGUUUUACAUUGGCGACGUUCACUUUAUGUAUUAGAAGCUAGGAAUGUAACAAAUGACAAUUUUUAGGAAUUCGCGAAUGCGAAUAUAUACUUCUGAUUUUCGCAAAUGUUAAUGCGAAUAUUCAUUUUUUCUUCUCUGUAUACAUCAAAACAUACUUGAAGGAGAGAACACUGAAGCUUUUAUUUUUAAAGAUUAUGUUUAUUAAUACAUAUAUUAGUUAUUAAAUUGCUGUUGAAAUCAUUCGAAUAAAGCAAAUACCUAGUUUGCUAAAAAUAUUUCUACAAGUUUAAGAAAAUAAUUGCUGGCUCUAUUUGCAUUUUUUAUUUAUAAACAAACAUUUAUAAUCAAAGCCUAAUAAAAGUAAAAAAUAAUAUUUUGUAUCUGUUUGUUCCAAGUUGUUAUUCCAUGCAUUUAUUUUACGCACUCACUUUAAUUUGUCGUCACUUGCAGCAUUGAGGUUGAGUUUACAUUGUUUUUUUAACAUUGCUUACGUUUAUAUUUUUGUCGCGUUGCGUGUCGGCAAACAGCAAAAACGCUUAGUCCGGAGUGUAGCUGCAUGUCAAAUUGGAAAAAUUUCUUUUUUUCACUGGUUUGCGGUUUAGACAUUUUCUCUGCACUAUCAAUGUAAACGAAAUUUUGAUGAGAAAUACCCGAUUGUUUAUAACGCCAAGGAAUUUUUUUUUAAAUAAGUCUCUGCCUAUUACAUGCUCUUCUAGCAAAAAAUACACGGAUAUUUCCUAUUUUAUUCAAGUACGUAAAAUUGUUUUCAGAUUCCCUUUGUCUAGGUUCAUAUUCGCAUGAAUUUCGCAAAUGCGGAUGCGAAUAUCAAGAAACAUGCGAAUAUUCAUUACAUCAGUAUUAGAAGUUUUGGUUUUUCAUGUUUGUUUUCAACAAACUGCUGGCAUUUUGAUAAUCUAAACAUUGAAGUGGCCGAGUUACAAGCAAAAAACAAGAAUGAGGCAUUUUCAAACUUAUUUGACGUUUUAGAUGUCCCAUUUUCGUGUGUUAUAUUAGUUUCAAGGUCCUAUUUAGGUCCGUGUCGUCAAUCGUUCCUGCAAUUGUAGGACGCCUUUAUAACCUUGAUUUUCAAAGUUUUCUACUGUUCCGUGCCAGUGAUCUAUUUUGAGGUUAUGUCACAAAUAUCUAUUUGUAUCAAAUUGUUCAUGCUUUUAUUUAUACCAUCUGUUUUAUCAGCCUGAAAUUUCCUACAAUUCAAAAAGGAAACAUUAUUUCACAAUAGGAGAGUGCUGACGCUGAAUCGGAAUUCAGAAAUAUCCCAGCCUUUCUGAAGGAGAGGAAAGACUGUGGAAACCAAGGAGCCCAUAAAGAUGUCCUACAAUUGAAGGAACGACUAACGAGACGGCCGUAUCCUACAAUUGUAGAAUGCCUUUAUGGCCUCCUUGAGUGUCAGUGUUUCUCUUCCUCAGAAAGGGGGGGGUAUUUCUAGUUGUUUUCUUUUUAAUAAACUGUAGGAGAUUUCAGGCUGAUAAAACACCAUAAAAACCAAAAGCAUGAACAAUUUGAUGCAAAUAGAUAUUUGUAACAUAACGCCAAAAUUGAGCGCCUUCCUGAAGGACAUGAAAAUCAAGCAGGCCAUAAAAGCGUCUUACAAUUAUAGUAACGACUGACGAUACGGCCCUUAGAAGCAACCCCGAGGCGCCCAACAAAGUGCCCCAUAUAAUCCAUUUGAUCUCUGACUAUAGCCACUUACUUUGCAGUCAAACUUUUUGUUUUAACGUGAGGCCCCAAUAUUAAAACUGAUCAAUUUUUCCGUCACUUCUACCAAUCUUUGGUGAAGCUAGAAUGAUUGUUUUAUGGCCUUAUUUUCAGAGAGCUGAACCUGCGCCAACCUAUCUACCAGAAGACCAGCACAUACGGCCACUUCGGCAGAGACGGCUUCCCAUGGGAACAACCAAAAGUACUGCGUCUCCACUGACAACCCUUACCACUUCUCCCCACUUCCCCACACUAACCCCUUUUUGUUUUAGCUCUGUCUGUUUGUCCCCGAGGAAGAAGGGGCAACGAAAACCCGUCUGUGAUUGGCGCUCUGAACCUUGACGUGCGCGCGAAGUGCUGCCAUCUGCCGUCGUUCGUCGGAAGCCAGCACUCGGCUCGAAACACACUGUGGAUCGAAAAACGGCCACGCCACUGCGUCCCGAUACAUUCCACAGUGGCGCCCCCAUUUUUAUUCGAUCGUAGAGGGCGUCGCUGCAAUUUAGUGUGAGGUGAAAAGUUCAAUUUCAAGUGUCUGAGCCCUCAGGAUGGAGAUCUAGAUACUUCACGAUCUAAUAGGCGUAGCUCCCAUAUCACUUAUCAACCCCAAUAAAACCAUGGUUCAAACUCAGUUUAAAUUAAAUUUGUUAACAGUGCCGAACCGUCGCUGAUGUGUUUAAUCUCAGUUUGAAAACAUUUUUUCGACGAACUCGACAAACAAAUAUCUGUGGACAAAUGUAGAAUGUAUUGUAUCUGCAUUUACUUGGCCACGUUUCCAUGGAGAUGUCCUAUCCAAACCCAGACGGCUUUCUCAUUAGCAGUUCCAAAAAUCAGGUAUAUUUUUCCAAAACAAGGCAAAAAGUAAUGUUUUUGACUUUUUGAGAAUCAAUACUAAGUAAACAAAAAAAAAUCCUCAAAGGUUGCAAUCAAAUUUUAUUGGGAAUGUAUUCCAGUUUUCGGACUUCUCUGUGCGAUCACUGGUUACCGAGAUAUCAGUGAUCGAUGACAAAGGGAUCCCUUUUCAUUCGAAAUCUGGUAUCUCCGCGCAAAAUGAUCAUAUCUAGAUUUUAAAAACAAAAUAAUGAAGCUGAAUAAACGUAAGUUCCCCGAGGAGCCGCGGCGCACACUUUGAGAAUCACUGGAUGAUCCGAUUGAUGUCAUGACCUAACAGAAAAAAUAAAUGUUCAGGUCCAUGGACCAAAAUGAAAAUGUCAAAAAUUUUUCAAAAACUUUCCUAUUAGAAUUGCAUGUGAACCGUUACUCCUAAAAUUUUUCGGGAAAAACAUGAAAACUACAGCUUCAAAUUGCUUUUUUUAAGUCUCAAUAGGACCAUUUACACCGAAAUUCAACUUGCCCAAAGAUCAUCGAAAAAUUUCACUUUUUCUUGUUCGUUUAAUUUUUUUUGAGUAGUGUAGUUUAACGCCUUUCUCUGUUGGCGAAUCUGCAUUUGAAGCGCGAGUUUAUUGGUAUAAAUAGUGUUAUGGGAGCUAAUCCUAUGUUGAUUAUCCAUACUGAUGUCUCGUUAUUUCACUCGCACAUUGUGUUGUGUUUACGAGAAAAAUAACAAUUUGGAAAAGAGCAUUUCUGUAUACACUCCGGACUGUAUCUGGAACGAGCGGACCGUUUCUCGUGUUGAAAAUCCUGUAGUAAUAGGAAAGGUCAUAUUAAGUACUACUGUUCAAAGAUACAUUAGAGCAUUGGUGUUAGAAUUUACGAAUCGGUAAAACCCAGUAGUAAGUCACCACUGGUGAGAUGUAUGUUAUACUGAUUAAGUAUUAUAUAUGUGUAAUUUAGCGAAAGCGUAACAUGUUCAAUGGAAAUGCAUCGGCGAUUUUUUUUUUAUAGGUAGGUACACAUACUUUUUACUGUCUGAAGAAUAACAUAUUCAAUAUGAAAGUGCUCGAAGUUUUUUUUUCACAGUCGAUUAUCGAGUUUGUUGCUGUUUAUAUCAUUGUAAUUUUGAUUAACGUUAAGGUGAAUUUAUAACCCUGGGAUAACUUUUGUCUGGUGAUUUUCAUAAAAAUAUCCUACACUUUUCUAACGUGAUAGAAAAAACAAAAUUCACAAAAAGCAUCUGAAUUGUAUAUGCUUUGCAAGCUAAUCCAAUAAAAAAAUACACUUUUGACAAUAUUGAAAGUGUGGUCGUUUGUUUCAAUAUCUGCCUAUAUAUUAUGCAAAUUAUGUAAUUAUUUGUGCUAUUUUUGUUGAACUUGAGACAGUUUCGGUAUAAUUUUAAAUCGCUUUUGGAUAUGAAAAAUCAAACGUGCUCGUAUUUAUUGGUUUGUAUUUAUUUACUGAUUUUUACAAAAUAUUUUCAAUUUUUGUCCUACUGGGAAAAAUACUGUGUACUUGCCCCCAGUCUUUGUACAACAGGCAUUUUAGUGAAACUGCCAAUGGUGAAUAUUAGCUUAUAGCCAUAAUUUUUUAUGUCUGUAAUAGAUGAAUUUAGGAGAAAUAGCUGAACAUAGAUCAUAGGAAAAACAAACUAUAGAUUUUAACGUGUGCAGUGAUUUAUGAAAUUUUUGUCAGGUUAUACAAUUAUUAAAUGGUUUUAUUGACAAAACGGAGUAAUUAUAAUAUUAGUACAUAAUUUUAUGACAACUGGUGUAAUUUUUUGUAUUUAUUAGUCAUCCCAUUAUUGUGUGACCAUUAUUAUGAAUGCUUUUUGUCCAAGUUAUAAAUAUACAUUUCGAAA